GAAACAAAUUGGCUUUUCUACACAUUUUAUAAAAACUGCUGACACUUUGCUGACAAAAACAUUGCUUUUUUUAAAGACUCGCACUGUACAUUUUUAUUAAAUAUGUACGCUUGUCGCCCACUGGCUCGAUACCUGAAUGGUAGCAGUCUGAUCUUGAGGCAGCUUCUCAUCCGAAAACCUCUGACCUCGGCUCGCCUGCUGGCCAGCCAAGGAUCGAAGGAUGUCAAGGCGAGUGGACCCACGACAAUUGGUCCCGGUGGUAAUAUCCUGGUUCCUCCCGUCACCCUGAAAGUAAUACCCUUUCGCAUGCCCCCCGAUUUGCCCUACGACGACCGCAAUAUGUUGCUCGGGCGGGAGUUGUCGCCACACUUGACCAUCUACAAGAUCCAACUGACCUCGACCUUGUCGGCCUUUUUGCGUAUUAGCGGCUUUGUCCUGGCCGUUUUCGUUUGGGUUCUGGGAAUAGGAGGCCUCUGCCUGCAAGGCGAUAUGGAUGGAUUUGUGAAAAAGGUCGAGAAAUGCGACUGUCACGGUCUUGUGACGAUGACCAAGGUUAUGGUGGUUAUGCCAUUUGCCUACCACCUGGUUGCCGGUACCCGACAUUUGAUCUGGUAUUUAAACAAAUUCCUCACGAUUCCGGAGAUCUAUGCUACCGGCUAUGUUUCUGUGGUCCUGUCGAUUGCGCUGGCGGCCGGUUUGCUAGCCGUUGACGUCGGCGAGAAGGCCAAGGAGGAGGUGGAUCUUAGCAAGCCAUUGAAAAAGGGCCAAAAGGCACCACCGAAAAAGGACGAGAAGAAGAAAGAAACACCUAAGGACGCCAAAAAAGAUCCCAAGAAGGAUACAAAGGGCAAAAAGAAAGAAGACGAGGGCAAGCCAGCGAAAUGAUCACAAGGGAAUUUCGUUGUAGUACAACAUCACUCUGAAAUCCAGGACACUUUUAACGGAAAUCGCAAUGCUUAUUUAGUAUGAUUUUAAAAUUUAAAGGUAUUAAAUCAUUAAAAUAAUA